AUGACGACCAAACCUCGUCAGUGUCCGGAGUACGGGAAGACUUGCGGGCAUCUUAGACGUAUCAAGAAGGCUCACAUGAUGGUCCAUGUGGCUGCUAAACCUCACAAGUGUCUCGAGUGUGGCAAGGCAUUCAGUCGUCUCGACUACAUGAAGACCCACAGGAUGGUUCACACGGGUGAAAAGCCCCACGAGUGUCCAGAGUGCGGGAGAGCCUUCAGCCAACACGGUCACUUGACCACUCACAGGAGAGUGCAUACGGGUAGUAAGCCUCACGAGUGUCCUGAGUGUGGCAAAACCUUCAAUCGUCUCCAGAACAUGUUGAGGCACAGGAUGGUGCACACCGGUGAAAAACCUCACGAGUGUCCUUACUGUGGGAAGACGUUCAAUCAACUCGGAAGUAUGAAGAUUCACAUAACGGUGCAUACGGGUUUUAAACCUCACGAGUGUCCCGACUGUGGGAGAAAAUUCAGCCGUCUGGGAUCUAUGAAGACUCACAGGGCAGUGCACACGGGCGUUAAACCUCACGAGUGUCCCGAGUGUGGGAAAACAUUUAAUCGUCUCCAAAAUAUGAAGUCGCAUAGGAUGGUGCACACGAGCGCUAAACGCUUCGAAUGUGCAGAUUGGCAGGGUCCAAAGAAUGGCCAACACUCGCCUAGAAAUAAUUCAGACCUGCAAGGCUGGAUGACUAAGAGUAGUCCAAAUUAUUCUACAUCAGGUGAAGAACUGAGGAAUGUUGAUGUAGGAAACAGUAGCUCUCAACGGUGCUGCCACCUGGCAGUGACCAGCUUAAAAUUGGUUCGAGUAAUUGGUGUAACAGCCGAGAGGAGGGGCCACGAGAUUGACCCCUAUGGUACAGGACCUUCUUGUGGCAUUAGUGGCAAAGAUGUAAUGUAUAAGGUUUCUUCAUGA